AUGAACAGCCUCUUCUCCCUCCGCUGCCUUCGCAGUGCCGCUCCGCAAACCACCGCCUCUCCCGCUACAUAUCAGCCCAGCACUAUUCUCCGCGCUCUUCAACAAUCCCGGUCAUUCAGCAGCACUCCUGUUCCUCAANAAAGGAAUCGCGGUGGCCCCAAGAAGGAUGCUCGCAUUCGUGAGUCCAUACUACUACCCUCGCGCCAACUUACAGUACUGACUGUUUCCGAAAAGNAAUUGAUCCGCUACUUCCUUUCGCAUCCUAUCACACCCAGACCUCUCAGAUUCUCCCGCGAUCGCUACCUCAGACACUGGACCAUCCACCGCGCAUGGCAGAUCUACAAGGCUCAGCAACGCACACAGCACGAGCGUGACCUCGAGCGCCAAUACCAGAGCAUGAGGGAUGCCUGCGAAGCCCUGCGUCUCAUGGAUUCAUCCGGAAACAUUGUGNAAGAGGGAGAGGCUGCCGCACAAGGAAAAAAUGUCGGAAGGUUGUACAGAAUCGCCAUGAUGAAGAACGACAUCUGGGGUGGUGUACCCAUCGAGUACGCCCGCAUCCAAACCGACAGCCCAAGCACUGAUGGCUGGAACCACGGUUGGACGAGGUAG